CAUAUCACUGAUUCUUAGUCAGCGAACUUAUGUCACUAUAUCCACUGUUUGUUUCAAUAUCUUCAAAUGUGAAAAUUCCAAGGCGGACUAGCAAAACACGACAAAACGCGUUAAGGCGGCCAAGCAAAACCUGGACCUUGCUGCUUUGGAAAACUAGUUUGCGCUUUUUGUGGCGCGGUUGCGGAAAAGGAAAGUUGUGAAGGUGCCAACGCGUUCGUGCGUGGUGUGAACUUGUCAGUUCAUUCGAGUGCGUGUGGGCUUGUGAUAAAGCGGUUGCGGGAUAUUGCGCGCACUCUCGAAGGAAAAUGCUGUUCUAGCACAAUAAGGUUCCAGAUUCUUUGGAGUAUGCCUUUGAAGCGUUCUGCAAGCUUACACAAAUACCACAAUGUCGGACGGCUUUUUUGGGUUUGAUGCAUCCCACGUGCUUGAUGAUGGUCUGGAGCCGCCGGACGUGGACGAUCGGGACGAAGAUGACCGCUUCAACAGCGAGACCUUCGGUGCCGACGCCGGCGAGUGGGAGGAGGACGACCACGCGAAGAUCGCCGCGUGCCUGGAGCGCGAGCGGUCGGCGCUGCAGGGCCGGGAGCCGCCGCUGGCCGCCGACAUCGAGCGCGGCCUCUCCCAGCUGGUGACCGACGACGAGCUGGAUGACCCGUGCAUCAUGUCUGUGCGCCGCAGCCGCGGCUCGGCCGGCGGCGUUGCCAUACCGCGCCCGCCGCAGUUCGGGCGCGCCCGCUCGCCGCCGCUGUCGUCGCUGCUCGAGUCGGACGUGUCCGGCUCACCGUCCACCACCUCCAUCUGGUCGACGACGCCCACGCGGCCGGCCGGCGCCUUCGACGACCCGGCCAUAAUGUCGGUGCAGCAGCAGGCGUGGCGCCAGGACCGCGAGCGGCGCCAGCACGACCCUUACGCCGGCUUGAUGACGGCCCGCGAGCGGCAGUGGCUGCUCAACAUUCAGCGCAUGCAGAUCAAGGGCAACACCGACUACUAUUUCCGGCACUUCAAUUCGCGCCAGCUGAGCCAGGGUCGGCGGGACUCGCGCGGCGGCCGCGGUCAGCGCGACGACAAGCACACCGACCACCGCAACUACAAGCCGCCGCAGAUGGAGAACUCGCUCGGCAAACUGCAGGUGGCCAGUGUUACAGCGCCGCGCAAGAUCAUCGACCUGCAGGUGAUCAACCAGGAGUCGGCGGACGGCGCGCGCGACCACAAGGAGGCCAAGCGGGACCGGCAGACCCUGCUGCUGAUCGAACAGCUGUACCAGCAAGUGAUGCUGGUGGAGCGGGCUGACCGCCGCGAGCCGCAGCUCGUGCAGAUCCUCGGAAUCAGGAAAGGCAAGGUGAGCAGGCGUGGGCUGGUGACCGCCGCCACCGGCCGGCUGUGGGCCGCGCUCAGCCGCGAGCCGCAGCUGGUGCAGAUCCUCGGAAUCAGGAAAGGCAAGGCGCUCGUGCUACGCUGCAUCCCGGUGUUGAGCAGCCAGCAGUACUACCAGAUCGCUACCACCCUGCUCAAACACCUGGUCACCGUGCUGCACAAGGACAAGCUGGACAACAUGCUGCACAAGUUCCACGUCUGCCUGCAGAUGGUGAUCAGCAACAGCGACCUGGACCAGAUCACCGAGCUGACCGAGGCUCUGACCGCCUCCAGCGACCUCGACUCGGCCACGCCCGGCAAGACGCCGCUCCAGAUCAUCGCCAGCUCGCCGUUCGGCGUGUCGGCGGCGGUGCUCCUGCUGCUGCGCGGGGACCAACUGGUGCAGCAGGCGACGGCCGCUGGCGGCAACGGCGGCGCAGCCGGCCGCUGGCGCCGUCUGUACGCGGGCCUGGUACGCUGCCUGGCCGGCAUGCCGACGCGCGUCGGCCGAGAGGCGUCCGGCUCCGCCUGGUGCCGGUUCGGAUUUGUUACCGAGUGUUUUAUAUAG